AUGCCGCAGCCAUCCUCCAGCUGCUGCGUGACUCGUACAUCCGCAGCCAUCAGUUCCCUGCUGCCGGAAGACGCUACUAUUCUUCCCCCCAUCAUGGACGGGCGAUAUGAAAGCCUGGCGACGACGCCCGCGCCGUUUGCCUGCUUAGCAUGCCGCGACUCGAAGAGGCGGUGCGACCGGGCUCUUCCGCAGUGCAGAGGCUGUCUCCGAAAGCGGAUCGUGUGCGACUAUCCGUAUCGCCGCAAGAAGAGAGAGCGAAAGACUCGACCUGCUCCGUCCAACGCUGUCGUGUCUCCCACCUCCGGCUUGCUCACGGACCAGGCCUCCUUUACAGCCGAGACAUCGCACCCAAGCCCGGAAUACGAUCAUGCCCUCCACCUCGGCUCUUCUCCGUCCGCCGCGGCCAACUUUCUCACCGAGCGCUUCCUCGAUCCGGAGGCCUUCACCAGCGCCCAGCUCAGAGUCCCGGAGCCAUCCGUGGACCAUCUCAUCACAAAGCAAGUGUCGGACUUUGUGGGAGAUGUUGCCAACAUCAAGGCGACCUCCGACAAGUUCUUUGCUUCUGUGCACGAGUGGAUGCCGGUUGUGUCUCGGAUCCAGUUCCUGGCGAAUCUUGUCAGCUGGCUUACGCAUAAGCGCGCUGAGCUGUUCUAUCUCAUUCUUGCCAUGAGGCUGUCCAGCGAGCAGGUUUCGAACCCGAGGACGCCGCUUUACCAGGCCACAAAGCAUCUGCAGUUUAGGCUCGAGCACUCUGGUGUUUUGUCUCUGCAGGUUAUCCAGGCUUCGGUUCUUGUGGCUCUCUAUGAGAUUGGACAUGGCGUGUAUCCAUCAGCCUUCUUGUCCAUCGCCGGGUGUGCUCGCUAUGCUACCGCUCUAGGGAUUGACAAGUCGAUUUUGCAUCGAGACUUGACUGGAAUAUCCUGGAACGAAUUGGAGGAACGCCGCAGAGUCUGGUGGUCAAUACUUGUUCUGGAUAGUCGCCACCUAGUGACGCCCGACCCAAUCUUGGAGAACUGGCUACCUGUUGAUGAUGCUGCCUUCAAUAAUGGAUCUGGCAGACCGGAGGACGCAUACACACUGGGCUCAGCCACUGCCCUCGACCUGGGCCGCUUUGCUCGCUUCGCACAGGCCGCUCACUUACUCGGCCAGGUUCUCCGCCAUGUUGCCGAAGGAUCUCCAGAGAGCGAGACGGCGCAGCUGAGGCGCACCAUAUUCUCCCUCGUCAACGUUUCCAGGCUCGAAGCGCACCUGAGGCAGAUGGAAUUCUGCUCCCAGACGGCUGUGUGUUAUUGCGGGAUCCUUCUCCUGGACUCUUCCCAGGCAAAGAAUAAGGACAGGUCGGGAUCGUCCGUCACGUCUCUCGACCAGCUGUCUACGGAGACCGAUGCGAUCUCACAAACGGCGCUGCAGAUUUCUAACCAUAUCCUUACACGGCGAUCCUUUAUGGAGAUACACAACCGCUCGUCUCCGUUCCUCCUGCAUAUGUUUUAUAGAGUUGCGCUGCUGCAUUUGGAAGCAUCGCGGUCGACGCCCGGCGGUGCCACCGCUGACAAGUUGCAUCUGAUUAAGCAGGCGAUGGAGGUCAUCGGCCGUCGAUGGCAGGUUGCUCAAUCGUAUCUCUCGUUGCUGUCGCGGCACGAAAUCAUGCAAGCAAUGAGGUAG